AUGCGUCGAACGUUGUUCCGUAGGGCGCUGAAGGUUAUGCGCGAUGUGGAGGAGGCCACGGAGGUCCAAAGCACGCUUCGUUCUAUGCCGUACAAGCAGAGGCUAAACUUUCUAGGUGCUCUACACGACGACGUUAUGCGCCACGAGGCACAUAUCAUGGAGGCGAACCGGUGGGACUGCGACGCGUUCGCGCAGCAGCAGCACAGUGCUGUCUCUACACGGCCAUGCGUUGGCGAAGCUGCGUCGUUAUCCUCUUCGUCAUCACCAUCGUUAUUAUCAUCGGCAUCGCUGAUGCAUGGCGCCCCUGCCCUCCUCGAUGGCCGGUCGCAGGGGCUGCCGUAUCGACGCCAGCGCAUUGGUACCCACCACGAGCUGUCGCCGCUGCACAUUAAGAAGCUGCUGACGGGGAUUGAGGGGCUGAUGCAGCUCCCCGACCCCAUCGCGCCACCCACGGGCGACGUUGCCGUGACGCGCAGCAGCUGCGUUUCACGUGCGGUGUCAGUGCGGGAUGUGCCGGUGCCGCUGGGCCUUGUUGGUAUCCUCGCGCGCAACCGCCCGCGUGUGACGUUAGACGCAGUGGCUAUGUGCAUUCAGUCCGGCAACGCCGUCCUUAUCGACGGCGGCGCGUCGGUGCUGCACACGAACAGGGCGAUGAUGGCCAGUGUGCGCCGCUCACUAGUCGCCGCGGACAUUCCCACCGCCGCGGUGGUGUUCGUCGAGCCGAACGGUUCUGAACAUGACGCGACGGCAAAGUGGCUGGAGGCGUCUGACAGUGUCGACCUCGGCAUCGUCUGUGGCGAUGCGCGGCUCUACCGCUUCGCCUGCCAGCACGCCACGAUCCCGCUCAUCAAGGCGGCGGGCCGAGCCUGCAGCCUCUACGUUGACAAGAGCGCUGAUUACGAAACGGCGCUCGGGGUUGUGCUUAACGCCAAGUUUCAGCGGCCCAACGCGACCAAUGCCAUUCAUACUCUCAUACUGCACGAGGCGUACCCGCGAUUCCACGAGCUGUUGCAGGCCCUCAAGUCGCGUGGUGUGUUGCUGCUCGGUGAUGCUGCCGCGGAGGCGCUGGCUCCGAGCUGCAUCGACGAGUUGGCAUCAGAGGAGGUCUACAAGGGUCUCACAGAGGGGCUCCUCGACUUCCACCGCGUGCUCUGCGUCAAGACGGUGCGGGAUGUCAAGUCUGCGGUUUACUUUUUGAAUCGCUUCGGCUCGAAGCAGUCUGACGGCAUCAUUGCUACUGACGAGGACGUCAUCCGCGAGUACUCUUGCCGCGUGGACACUGCGGUGGCGCUGGUGAACGCCUCAACACGGCUGUCAAGCGGCAGGGCGCUGGGCCGCGGUACUGAUCUCGCGAUUGCGACGUCCAAGGUACACUCGCGGGGCCCAUUCACACUCUCUGCGCUCACGACGCGCAAAAUUGUGGUGCGCUGCGCAGAGCCCGGCGGUGCCCUGCGCCUCUGA